GCAAGAGCACGACGACAGCCAUGCUCACGUGGGUGCUGCGCCAGAUGGGGUUGCCCCUCGCUGCUGUCAUCGGCGCCAAUGUGCCUCAGUUGCCAGGUGGCGGCAACGCAUUGGUGGAUGACGGUGCAAGCAUGAUGGUGCUGGAGGCGGACGAGUACGACGGUGCCUUCCUGGAGCUAUCCCCGGGCAUUGCGGUGGUGACCAACGUGGAGUGGGAGCACGUGGACCUCUUUCACAGCGAGGCAGCAGUGCGGACAGCCUUCGCGCGCUUCACCAGCCGCAUAAAGCGGGGCGGCGUUCUUGUAGCAUGUGGCGACAAUGCAGGCUCUCGAGCGCUGGUCUCCCGCCUGCGAGCAAGCCACGGCGACGCCACGGCCACAGCCCCUCAUGCUGCUGCCACUGCCGCUGCCUCGCCUCGCACGGAUAACAGUUCACAGGGUCCUGAUAGUGCUGCUGCUGCUGGCGCCAGUGCAAGGGCCGCUUGGCUGGAUGUGGAGGAGGAGGUACGGACAGCUGUCACGUAUGGAUUGGACGAGGGCAACGACUGGCGGGCCAUCAUGCUGGCGCCCAACCAAGCGGGCGGCACGGACUACGUGACGGUGUUUGCCGGCCGGCCCAUGGCGCGAGUGAGCCUGCAGCUGCCUGGCGUGCACAACGUGCUCAACUCCCUCGCUGUCCUCGUUGUUGCCGCCCAGCUGGCAGCCCGUGACGCGCCGACAGCUGGCGACGCGGCACGGGUGGAGGCGGCAUCACUGGAGCUGCAGCGGGCGGCGGUGGCACAGGCGGCGGAGCAGCUGGGGCGGUUUGAGGGGGCGGAGCGGCGGUUCCAGGUGGUGGGGCGGGCGGGCAAGUGGCGGGCCACGUUCGUGGAUGACUAUGCCCACCAUCCCUCUGAGGUGCGCUGCCUUGUGCAUGUGGGUAGUGCUUUUUGGCGCACACGGCGGUCACACCCCUCCCCCUCUGAGGUGCGGGCAGUGCUGCAGGCAGCGAGGCAGAGAUACGAUGAGCAGCCCAUAUGGGUGGUCUUCCAGCCGCACACUUUCAGUCGGCUGGCUCAAUUAAUGGACGACUUUGCGCCCUCCUUCAGCGCAGCAGACCGCGUCAUUGUCACUCAGGUGUACUCUGCUCGCGAGGAGAACCGGUGGGGUGUCUCUGGUGCUGACCUGGCGGGCAACAUCACUGGCCCACCUGCUGUCUACGUGCCCAGCCUUGACGAUGUGAUCGACCGGCUGGAGUGGGAGGUGAAGGCACGAUGCCUUGCCACCGACACUGCCACUGCCACCGCCACCACAGGCAGCACAGGGAGCACCACAGAUGGCAGUGGUAUUAUAGGCGACAGCAGCAGCAGCGGUGGCAGCAGUGCAGGCAGCAGCGAGGGUGGGAAGUGGGAGGGGCCGUUGUGGGACGCAGUGAGCAUAGCGGGGGGGCGGCACGGGCUCAAGGCACAGGACGUGGUCAUCAUGACACUCGGAGCAGGUGACAUCACUCGCAUUGGCCCGACUCUCCUGGAACGUCUUUCUUCGCGAGCUUGA